AAGGAUGACUUGGCACAACCAGAAGGCGGCUGUCAACUGCGGCGCCAUGGCAGCAUGCGAGCUAUUGGUGGUGUGGCACCGGCAGCGAUGAGUGCUUCGUAUCAUGGCACCCUACAGUCUGAGCCACAGCCAGCACGCAAGCCACAGCCAGAGUCCGCACGCAAGGCACCACUCCCACCACAACACCCAGGGCGCAGCAAGCAGAGGCCAGAAUCCAAGCCUGCAUCUGGUGCAGCAACAACGGGAAAAAGCAGCCCUGACGAGGACGAGACCCCCAUGAAAGAGCAUUUUGCACGCCUCGUCCAGGAGCACGACCGGCUACAGGUGAAGUAUGGCCGCCUGCGGGCUCACCUGGUGGAGCGGGAGUGUCGCAAGGAGCAGCAGCAGCCAGGCCCCAAGGGGCCCCUGGCGCCCAUCCCCGAGGACGAGGCAGACUCCCCUGAUGGGGAGCUGCCACCAUGCGUGCGUGACUCCCCGCUCCUGAUGGGGCUGCACCUGGAAGCCCAGAGGCUGCAACAGGAACUGCGCAGGGCACAGCGCGCAUACUGGGACCUGCUGCAAUGGACCCCAGCAGUGGCAGUGGCAGCGGACAACAUCGCCACAAAGCCGGCUGUUGUUUUGUGCUCAUAA